CCGGCUGGAGGGACUGGGGAGACCCGAGGAAUCAGCGAGCCGCGAGCCUCUCCCGUGAGCUCUGGCGGCGCGGGGUGAGCUCCGACGCUCGCUGCAAGAGUCCGUCCAGCGGGCGGAUCUGCUCCGGCUGGCUGGCCGGCGACCCUCGUCCCGGCGAGGAUCUGACGCUUCGGGUGGCUCGCCAUGGCCCAGCGGGCGGUGUGGCUCCUGCGUCACGAGCCGGGCACUGCACUCGGUGGCACUGUCAAGUUCUCCAGACGAUAUCCUACUGUUGAAAAGAGAGCCAAAAUCUUCAAUGGGAAGAGUUAUGUUCCUGUACCCGAAGACGGUCCCUUUCUUAAGGCAUUACUCUUUCAACUUAGGUUACUGGAUGAUGACAAAGACUUUGUGGAGAGGCGUGAUAGCUGUUCGCACAUCAAUAAGUCACCCGUCUAUGAGCUCUUAGUGGGCGGUGAAGAACUCUGGCCAGUCGUUGCUUUUCUGAGGGAUGAUAUGAUAUACGCAAGUGUUCCACUAGUUGAGCGAGCUCUGUCUCCUCGUCCAUCCCUAAUUAGUAUUAGUGGAGUUUCACAAGGCUUGGAACUGCUCUUUGGGAUACAGGAUUUUCUUUACUCAAAUCAGAAAAAUGACACUGACCUGAACACAAAAUUGAGUCAGUUGCCUGACUUGCUUCUCCAGGCUUGUCCAUUGGGUACUUUACUGGAUGCUAACUUGCAGAAUUCAUUGACUAGUAUUAAUUUCUCACCUGUGACUCAGCCACAAAAGCAGCCAGCCUGGAAAGUUGGAACAUACAAAGGAAAACCACAGAUUUCUAUUUCUAUCACUGAAAAAGUAAAAUGCAUGCAGUAUGGUAAACAGGAUAUAGCAGACACAUGGCAGGUUGUCGGAACAGUCACUUGCAAGUGCGAUUUGGAAGGAAUCAUGCCAAACGUUACCGUCAGCCUGAAUCUUCCCACCAAUGGAUCUCCACUUCAGGAUAUCAUCGUUCAUCCCUGUGUGACGUCUCUUGACUCGGCCAUUCUGACUUCCAGCAGCAUUGACACAAUGGACGACUCUGCAUUCAGUGGGCCUUAUAAAUUCCCCUUCACUCCGCCUCUAGAGUCCUUCAACCUAUGUCACUACACUUCUCAGGUCCCCGUCCCACCAAUAUUGGGCUCCUAUCACAUGAAAGAAGAAGAAGCACAACUAAAAAUAACAGUUAAUUUAAAACUUCAUGAAAGUGUAAAAAAUAACUUUGAAAUCUGUGAAGCUCAUAUACCUUUUUACAACAGAGGUCCAAUUACCCAUGUGGAAUACAAAGUUAGUUUUGGUCAACUUGAGGUAUUUCGAGAAAAAAGUUUAUUGGUCUGGAUUAUUGGUCAGAAGUUCCCCAAAUCAAUGGAAAUGAGUCUUUCUGGGACUCUAAUGUUUGGAGUCAAGGGCCAUAACAAGCAGCCAUUUGAUCACAUUUGCAUUGGAAAUACAGCAUAUGUAAAGCUUCAUUUUAGGAUCUCAGAUUAUACGCUCACUGGCUGUUACGCAGAUCAGCAUUCAGUUCAAGUUUUUGCGUCAGGAAAAGCAAAGAUCAGUGCAUAUCGGAGGCUAAUUUCUUCUGACUAUUUUAUCUGGAAUUCUAAAGCACCUGCUCCAGUAACAUAUGCAUCAUUGUUACCAUGACUUUUUUUAUAUUCAAAUGGGAUUUAUAUGAUGGUAACCUUCAGUAGUAGAGUCCUAGUAUUUUUAUUUCUUUACAUGUAUUUGUAUAACCCGUGACUGAAAAAUCACUGAGUGAUUCCUUUAUCAAAGCAGUCAUACCUAAUGUUUUUAGUCUGAUAAAGUGUGAAAGACUAUUUUCAAGGCUAAUGUCUCCAUUUUUUUGUUACCCUUUGACUUCAUGCCAUUAUGACUCAGAACACACACAUAAAAGUAGUGAUUCAUUUUGACUUAAGACCAGGCUUGGUUCUCCACGCCAUGUGUUCUUUCCUGUGCCUCUAUCCGGCUCAGUCCCAGCCAGGACAGGUCCAUCUGUGGCGUCCUGUGGGGCAGACAGUGCUAAUCAACCUGAGUGCCUUCCUUGACCAAGAGCUCAGCCUUCUCCUAGUGCAGCUUCAGGCAGCUGUCCUGCGGGUUGUCGCCGACUCGCAAGUAAACUGUGCUUAUCCAACCGCAACACAGACAUCAUGCAUCAUGCUAUUGCAGAAUACCCAGGAUCUUGGUAAAAUAAUCAUAAAUCCUUUCUUUCAAAGCAGCCAGAUAAUGUUCAAAUAGUAACCUGUUCUUCAUCUCAUCUCCUACUGGCCAAUAAAGAGCCUGCAUAAUUCUA